GUGUUAGGAUUUAACGGGUUAGCCGUCUCUCCGUUUCUCGCACACCCCAUCUCGUACCAAACGACUUGUGACUUUGUGAGGGCAUGUAUAUUAGAGUCUUUUUAGGCGCUAUUUCAGAAUACAGGAUGUGAGAAUGUUCUUCGGUAUAAAUUACACAAGUACUAAUUGAUUUGGUGUUCUUCUGCAAUCUGCAUCAAGUUACGGAGUAUAAAGUUCAGUUCACUGCCUUAAUUUCACUUGCGUUUCGAAGCAAAUCUACCCAAAUUCUCUCGCAAAACCUAGUCGAACGCAUCUCAGAGAGAAGGGAGUGAAGAAAAGUUUGGUUUCCAUGGGGGAUAUUGUUCCAUCAAUGGUGGAUGGUCUUAAAGAAUCAGAGAGGAUACUUCUCUUGUGUGCAUUAAAGAAGCAUGGUUUUAAAGAAGUUGAAGUCGAACAAUUGGCAAAGGAUUCUUAUAUGUUUACACCAAGAGCAAAGUACCCUCUUCACAAACGGAUGGCUUCAAUUUUUCGAAUGGCUCAAGCUUCUGCUGGAAAUAUUAAUCUGUUUGUACCAAUUAGUGACUCUGGUUCUCUAUAUGGGGGUGUGCUACCAGUGUCAGAUCUCUCAUUUGGAAUUGACUUGAUUAAACUUAAUCCUAUCACACGAAUGAUGUUUCAGCAGGAUGAUUAUUUGGUGGCUAUGAAGAUUUUGAAGUGUUGUGAAGGAUGUGGGAGUUUGCCUACGUUUCUUCUUCCUAUUAUACCUCUGAUUUUAGUAAAUGGCACUGAUUGCACUGUUUCAGGGUAUAGAUCUUAUGUUCCCAAGUAUAGACCAAAAGACAUUAUUGCUAACUUAAGAUGCUUGCUAAAAAAGGAAGACAUGAAGCCUAUGAUUCCUUGGUUCAAAGGAUUCAAGGGAACUGUUGAAGUAUUUCAAGAUGACAAUGCAAAAUUCAUGGUUUCAGGAGUUAUUGAUAAUAUCGACCAUGUAUCAAAGACAGUUGAAGUCACUGAGCUUCCUAUAGGAAUACUGGCUCAAGAUUAUAUCAAACUCUUAGAGGAUGGUUCUAUACCCAACAAGGGUUUUGUGGAUUCAAGUGAUUAUCACAACCAAUCUCUUUGUUUGAGGGUUUCUUUACGGGACGAGGACUGCAAAAUGGAUGCAAAACACUUGCUAGAAAGGUUAAAGCUAAAUAGUGUCAUCAGCUUAAAUGACAUGUACCUGGUUAAUGCUUCCCAGACCAUUUGGAAAUACAACUCUCCUUUAGAAGUGUUACAUCAAUUCUAUGAUUUCAGGCUUCAGUUCUUUGUGAACAGAAAGGAAUUUCUAAUAAAGAGAUUGACGAAAUUUGUUCCACUGGAAAGCAAUGCUUGAAUGUGAUCAAGUUAAUGAAGGGAAGAUUGCCACCUGAUUUGGAUUCUUUGUUUGACGAGUUCAUUGACCAGGACAUUGAAAAAAUUAGGAAGGCAAUAGUUUCAAAAGAGUUUACCGAUGAAGCUGAAGUUAUUUUAGCCACUUUGUUGAACAAGAUUUUGCUCUUUAAGGAAGUAUUACCUGGAAACACUGAUGGAGAGGUACCAAUCACGAAGGUCAAUGCUCAAUCAAAAACUAGAGUUCCAUUACUUACGUUUGAAACGGUAGAAUACCGGAUUAAGAGGCUGAUGGAUAUGCUUGAAGUACUCAAAGAGCUCCAUACCAAGAGCUCGGAUCUGCUUCAGAAGUUUGAUGACUUAAAACAGGAAAGUGCAUCUUCAUUGUGGUUAAAGGAUCUUCAUCAGCUUGAGGAAUAUCUUACAGUUAAGUUAUAACUGCUCUUUUUUGGUCUUGUAUUCUUAACCUUUUUGAUGAUCACACAUUAAGAUUUAAGCCCUUGUGGUUUGUAUUGUGUAGAAGUGAGGCUAAUCUUCUUUGGCAGCCAAGAAAGGAACAGAAGCUGACACUCGUUCGACUAUUGUUAUAAUGCUCUCUCUCUCUGCUUCACUAUUGGCGUUAAAAUCGUUUGCAUUGCUUUCUUUUCUUUGGCAUGUCAUGUUUUAUUUCUUCAGGUAAGAAGAGGAAAAGACCUUUUAGUCGGACCAUGAUCUUUUUGUAAACUACUGGUAUGUAUUGCAAUGCUGCAGUUCAAAUCCUAAAUCUACCCUUUUAACUGGGAGAUGGCUCA